UCCAAGAAACCGAAAGAGGAAAAGGGAACUAAAACGCACGAUUUUGCGGUCUCUCUCUUGCUGGUUGUUUAAUUCCAAAAACAAAACCUUUCCUCUUCUCGGAACGGACAAACUCUCUCUGUUAUGGCCACCGCCGAUGUCUUCUCCGACAAGAACGCAGUUUUCCGGAAGCUGAGAGCCAAGCCAGAGAACAAGAUGUGUUUUGAUUGCAAUGCGAAGAAUCCAACCUGGGCGUCGGUUACGUACGGGAUCUUCCUGUGCAUCGAUUGUUCGGCUGUUCAUCGCAGCCUCGGUGUCCACAUCAGCUUCGUCAGGUCUACCAACUUAGACUCAUGGACUCCAGAGCAGUUGAAGAUGAUGAGCUUCGGGGGCAACAACCGUGCUCAAGUCUUCUUCAAGCAGCAUGGAUGGACUGACGGAGGAAAGAUUGAGGCCAAGUAUACCUCUAGAGCUGCUGAUUUAUAUCGGCAAAUACUUGCAAAAGAAGUUGCUAAAAGUUCUGCAGAAGAGGUUGGUUUGCCAUCGUUGCCAUCUGCUUCUCAGUCAGCACAUACUUCUAAUGGACUUCCUGAAGUCAAGAUUGGUGAACCUCCAAAAGAAAUUUCCUCAGGAAAGCAAGAAUCAACUGAUGUCACUGCAUCACCUAAAGCUUCUCAUAUUAUUACAAGUUCUGUAAAGAAGCCUCUUGGUGCUAAGAGGACUGGAAAGUCUGGGGGUCUGGGUGCUCGAAAGCUUACUACCAAGCCAAGUGAGAGUCUGUACGAUCAGAAGCCUGAAGAACCACCGCCGGUUCAAGUUGCCACCUCAAUUAAUAGCACCCCCACUGCUGGUUCAUCGCUUGCGUCCCGUUUUGAGUACAUAGAUAAUUUCCAAGCUGCUCCAGUGAAUUCUGGAAGCUUGCAUGUGACAAGCCAUGUAGCCCCACCAAAAUCAUCAAGUUUCUUUGCAGAAUUUGGGAUGGACAGUGGUUUCUCAAAGAAAACUAGCUCCAAUUCAUCUAAAGCUCAGAUUGAGGAAACAGAUGAAGCAAGGAAGAAGUUUUCAAAUGCAAAGUCUAUCUCAUCAGCACAAUACUUUGGGGAUCAGAACAAAGCUUCUAUGGAGUCUCAAGUUUCACUGCAGAAGUUCUCGGGUUCAACAGCCAUCUCUAGUGCAGAUCUCUUUGGCAAUGAUAGAGAUGAUUCUUCACUAGAUCUCAGUGCAAGUGACCUCAUUAACCGGUUAUCUUUCCAGGCACAACAGGACCUCUCCUCUCUGAAGAAUAUAGCAGGAGAGACUGGGAAGAAGCUAAGUUCCCUGGCUUCCACCUUAAUGACUGACCUCCAGGACAGAAUCCUUUAAUUGGUGCUCGUUUUUUGUGUUUCAAAAUUUAUCAGAAGAGUCACAAUAGCAACAAGCGAUAUUGUUUUAUCUAGUGGAUGUAAAGUGUUACGGAAAAUUCAUUAAAGCGACGAGAAAAUUAUCAAAGCUUGGCGGGCUUAUAAUUA